GUUUAACAAGAUGUGCUGAAUUCAAGGCUGCAUAAGCCUUAUAAAAACCUUCAAUCCAUUUUAGCUACAGCAAACUAAAACCAUGGCUCUCCUAUGGAUUCUCUCCUGUCUCGCCUUCAUUGGCACAGCAUAUGGCUGCGGUGUUCCUGCCAUCUCCCCUGUGAUCACUGGAUAUGCCAGGAUUGUGAAUGGUGAGGAAGCAGUGCCCCACUCCUGGCCCUGGCAGGUGUCUCUACAGGACAGCACAGGUUUCCACUUCUGUGGUGGCUCCCUCCUCAACCAGUACUGGGUGGUGACCGCUGCUCACUGUGGUGUCAGAACAUCUCAUAGGGUUAUCCUUGGAGAGCAUGACCGCUCCUCUAACGCUGAGGCUAUCCAGACCUUGGCUGUGGCAAAGGUUAUCCAGCACCCCAACUACAAUGCAUACACCAUUAACAAUGACAUCACCCUGGUCAGGCUGGCCUCUGCUGCCCAGCUCAACAACCGCGUGUCUGUUGUGUGUUUGCCUGAAAGCAGCGACAACUUUGCAGGUGGCUUGAAGUGUGUUACAACUGGCUGGGGCCUGACCAGAUACAAUGCUGCUACCACUCCUUCUCGUCUGCAGCAGGCAGCUCUGCCUCUACUGACUAACAGCAACUGCCAGAAAUACUGGGGCUCCAGUGUCACUGACGUCAUGAUCUGCGCUGGAGCUUCUGGAGUUUCUUCCUGCAUGGGUGACUCUGGUGGCCCUCUGGUCUGUCAAAAGUCUGGAGCUUGGACCUUGGUGGGUAUUGUUUCCUGGGGUAGCGGCACCUGCAGUACAUCCACACCUGCAGCAUACACUCGUGUCACCAAGUUUCGCUCAUGGAUCGACCAGACCAUCGCUUCUAACUAAAGCUUUCAGAGCCAUGGCAACCAGAAGCAGUUCUUGGCUUCUUCCACCUGAUCAAUAAAGAUUGUUUCAAUGCA